AUUUAGCCGGGUUAACCGGAGCGUCAACACGGCCAUUAUCGAGGCUUUGAACACGAAACGAAAUUCUACAAUUAUGUGAAAAACGUGAAAUCUGCACAUUAAAUAUCCUUGAAAUGGUUGGAACGUGUCACAAAUUUGUAUUAGCAUCACUGCUGGCGGUGUUAGUGAGAUGGGGAGUAGCUCAAUUCGGUUAUUCAGGUGCUGGUAUGAGCCCCAUGUAUGGUGAUUAUGAGGCACAGAGACAUUGGCAAGAAGUGACUGUAAAUCUACCUGUGGGAGAAUGGUAUACUAACUCCAGCAGGAAUGAUCUUAUGUACUGGGGACUUGAUUACCCCCCUUUAACUGCUUAUCACAGCAAGAUUGUUGGACUGAUAGCAAAGGUUAUAAAUCCAGAAUGGGUUGCCUUAAAUUCAUCCAGAGGAUACGAGAGCUAUGAGCAUAAACUUUUUAUGAGAUUUUCAGUGUUGUUUGCUGAUCUUCUUGUGUAUUUUCCUGCCGUCAUGUGGAUAUUCACUGCAAGGAAACCAAACCCCAAAGAUUCUGACUCGGCUGUGAAGAGUUAUUUACUGAUGUUGAUGUAUCCAGGUCUUAUUCUUAUUGAUUAUGGCCACUUUCAAUAUAAUUGUAUAAGCCUCGGACUAGCUCUAGCAGCUGUAACCAGUCUAGCUGACUCGCAGGAUGUUCUCGGUUCAGUGUUGUUCUGCUUGUCUCUCAAUUAUAAACAAAUGGAGUUGUAUCAUGCAAUGCCAUUCUUCUGUUUUUUACUUGGUUCGUGUUUGAGAAACUGUAAACAUGGAGGGAUAGUUCAGCUUAUAAAGAUCGGACUAACAGUGAUUGUAACAUUUGCUGUUUCCUGGGCACCAUUUCUGUACAGUGUAGACUCAGUAAUGCAAGUGGUCCAUAGAUUAUUUCCAUUUGCAAGAGGAAUUUUUGAGGAUAAGGUAUCCAACAUAUGGUGUUCUCUCUCUGUUGUUAUAAAAUGGAAACAGGUCAUGACUAGAGACAAUAUUCUUCUUUUGUGUUUAUGUUCGACUUGUGUGUGCCUUUUGCCAUCAUCACUUGACCUUUUGUUUCGUCCAUCAUUUAAAAAGUUCAGAUAUGCAUUGGUAAAUUCAUCCAUGGUGUUUUUCCUGUUUUCAUUCCAAGUCCAUGAAAAAAGUAUUCUUUUAGCAGCAUUAAUUGUUUGUACACUUAUACCUGAUCAUCCCUUCUGGUGCUUUUGGUUUCUUCAGGUUUCAACUUUCAGUAUGCUGCCGUUACUACUGAAGGAUGGUCAACUGGUACCAUACCUUUCCCUUAUGUGCCUGUAUGCCAUUUUAUUCUACAAUUUCUACCCAGUUGAAAACAAAAAUAAGGAAGACCAAUCCGAAACAGCUGUCUGGAUAAAUAUUUUCAUAAAUCUAGCUUUUUGCAUAUCAAUGGUGGGAGUGGUUAUCCUUACCUUGGUCAUGGUGUUAGUUCCGCCCCCUGUACAUUUACCAGACCUCUUCUCAUUGGUCAUCUCAGUGUAUUCUUGUGCUCAUUUCCUCUUGUUUACAUUGUUCUUCCAUUAUUGUCAGUUUACAACACAAAUGUUUCCAUGGAAACUUGCUGACAAAUCUCAAAAUCAUGUGUCGUCAAAGUCAGACACAGUUCACAAAUCAAAGGCUUCAAAACCAAAGAUAGUUAAAGGAAAGAAGAAAAAGCAGCAAUAGAUGGGGCAAAAAGAGUUUAAAUUGUUAUUUAUUGAAUAAAAUCAAUCCUCAUUAUAAAAAUACAGCAAUAGAUUGAAAAAAGAAGGAAUUGAACAAGAUAAAUGCAGAAAUAGAUAGAAAAUGAAUUUGUUCUGCGUUGAGUCAGAUAAAAACAGCAAUAGAUGGAGAAGAAAAGAAAUUGUUAUGUAUUGAAUAAGAUAAAAAACUAUAUAGAAAAAGAAAAGAAAUUGUUAUGUAUUGAAAAAGAUAAAAGCAGCAAUAUAUAGAAGAAAAAGAAAAUAAAUUGUUAUGUAUUGAAUAAGAUAAAAGCAGCAAUAUAUGGAAAAAGAAAAGAAAUUGUUGUGUAUUGAAUAAGAUUAAAGCAGCAAUAUAUAGAAAAAGAAAAGUAAUUGUUGUGAAUUGAAUAAGAUAAUUCCUUUGUUUUAGAAAAAGUUUAGACUUAGAAUUGUUGAGUCUUGAAUAUGCAAUAUUUUUAAGGAUCUGGAAGAUGAUUAACAUUGUACCAAAAUUAUUGAUUUCACAUUUUCCUUGUGUUCUGUUUAGAACAAGACAGGUGGUGGUUAUUUGAAAAAUAUUGAGAUGUUUUUAAUAUUAAACUAAUGAUGAAUGUAUAUAA